AUGCCAGAAAACACUCUGCCUGGCGACCCAAAUUUGCGAGUAACCAUCAUUGCCGCUGAUGGACUAUACAAGCGAGAUGUCUUUCGUUUUCCGGACCCAUUCGCUGUUGCGACGAUCGGAGGCGAACAGACCAAAACGACGCAGGUCAUUAAAAAGACGCUGAACCCAUAUUGGAAUGAAUCGUUCGAUAUGCGCGCAAACGAAGACAGCGUGCUAGCGAUACAGAUAUUCGACCAGAAGAAAUUCAAGAAGAAGGACCAGGGUUUCCUUGGUGUGAUCAAUGUCCGUGUAGGAGAUGUCAUUGAUCUGGACAUGGGAGGGGACGAAAUGUUGACCCGCGACCUAAAGAAAUCCACUGACAAUCUCGUUGUCCAUGGCAAGCUCAUUGUCAACCUGUCAACCAAUCUCACUGUUCCAGCCAGUACCCAAGCCAGCAGACCUCCCCCAACUACUGCAAAUACCAUGUCCAGUACCGCGAGCAGCAGCCAAUUCCCUGGCGCUGGUGCACCUAGUCAGCAGAGUCUCGUUGCUAGCAGGCCUAGCCCUGUUCCUUCCAGAGCUCCUACUUCUGCCGGAGACCCUCCUAGAGCUUCCAUCUCCAACCUUAACGGCGCUGCCUCGACUAAUGGUCAACGGCAACCCGGCCAACUCAGUUCUUUUGAAGAUUCUCAAGGACGACUUCCGGCAGGAUGGGAGCGAAGGGAAGACAACCUAGGAAGGACUUAUUAUGUGGAUCACAAUUCCAGAACAACUACCUGGACACGUCCUUCAGCCUCGGGCGAGGAACAACGAGCUCGCAUGGAUCAGAACAUGGCAAUGGAGAGAGCCAGGCACCAGAACAGAAUGCUGCCAGAAGACCGUACUGGUGCAAAUUCUCCUAACCUCGACGCACGUCAAGCCUCACCUAGCUCAAAUCAAGUCUCCAUGAUGGCCACUGGUGCUACCACCGCAGGUACGGGUGAACUCCCUGCUGGAUGGGAGCAAAGGCACACUCCAGAAGGUCGUCCCUACUAUGUCGAUCAUAACACGAGGACAACUACAUGGGUGGACCCAAGACGACAGCAAUACAUUAGAAUGUACGGCAACAAUCCAACAGGUAACAACACUACCAUCCAGCAACAACCCGUGUCACAGCUCGGACCCCUACCCAGUGGAUGGGAGAUGCGACUUACUAACACGGCACGUGUUUACUUUGUUGAUCACAAUACCAAAACCACUACUUGGGACGACCCGAGACUACCUUCAUCUCUCGACCAAGGAGUGCCACAAUACAAACGAGACUUCAGAAGGAAACUCAUCUACUUCCGCUCUCAGCCAGCUCUCAGGAUUUUGUCGGGACAAUGCCAUGUUAAAGUUCGACGUGGUAACAUUUUCGAGGAUUCCUAUGCUGAGAUUAUGCGACAGUCUGCCACCGACCUGAAGAAGCGACUCAUGAUCAAGUUUGAUGGUGAAGACGGCCUCGACUAUGGUGGCCUAUCGCGAGAGUUCUUCUUUCUUCUUUCCCACGAGAUGUUUAACCCCUUCUACUGUCUUUUCGAAUACUCGGCGCACGACAACUACACCCUGCAAAUCAAUCCCCAUUCCGGCAUCAACCCCGAACAUCUCAACUACUUCAAGUUUAUCGGCCGAGUCGUCGGUCUUGCCAUCUUCCACCGACGCUUUUUGGAUUCCUUUUUCAUCGGCGCAUUCUACAAGAUGAUGCUUAGAAAGAAGGUGAUGAUCAACGACAUGGAAGGUGUCGACGAGGAGUACCACAAAAACUUGACCUGGAUGUUAGAGAAUGACAUCACGGACAUUUUGGACCAGACUUUCUCGGUCGACGAUGAACAGUUCGGUGAAACCAUGACGAUUGACCUCAAACCUGGUGGCAGAGACAUUCCAGUGACAAACGAAAACAAGCAUGAAUACGUCGAGCUCCUUACAGAAUGGAAGAUCAAGAAGCGAGUGGAAGAUCAGUUCAACGCCUUCAUUACAGGUUUCAACGAACUCAUCCCAGCUGACCUCGUAAACGUCUUUGACGAGAGAGAACUCGAGCUACUUAUCGGCGGUAUUGCGGAUAUCGACGUAGACGAUUGGAAGAAGCAUACCGACUACCGUGGAUACCAAGAAUCAGACGAAGUGAUCCAGCACUUCUGGAAAGUUAUUAGGACCUGGGACGCGGAGCAGAAAUCUCGUCUUUUGCAAUUUGCUACAGGUACCUCGCGAAUACCAGUCAAUGGUUUCAAAGAUCUACAGGGCAGUGAUGGCCCAAGACGCUUCACAAUCGAGAAGGCAGGAGAGGUCAAUGCGUUGCCAAAGUCGCAUACUUGCUUCAAUCGACUUGAUCUGCCUCCUUACAAGAGCUACGAUACACUACAAUCAAAGUUGGCGACGGCCGUCGAAGAAACAUUGGGCUUCGGCCAGGAGUAA